GUCAAAAAAUACUCAACAAAAUAAUCAGCUGAGGGCGUAAACGUUUACAAAUAAAACAAAUUCAAUAAUUCUUUUAACCUAUUUUAAAUUUAUUUAAGAAUUUUUAUGAAAAUACGAAAGUUCUCCCAUUAGCGAUAAGUUACGGUACUAUCUACCCGCAAAAUCACCAAUAAAUUCACCGGUCAAUUUUGGACGAAGACUUCAUUUUGGAUGUACAGAAGUUGGACGACUCCACGUCAAUCAUGUCUUCAUCGCCGCCCCCAACUAAACCACCGCGCGGCGUGAAGCAAGGGAAGGAGACGAGUGGGCUGCUGAUGUCAGUCAUAAGGACUCUCUCGGCGAGUGAAACAAAUGAACAGAGAGAGAAAGAGAGGGCCAAGCUAGAGAAGGAGUACAAGAAGAGUGAUGCGAAGCUCGAUGAGCUGGUGGCUCAGAAUGCUGCUGAGAUCAUGGAAGUUAUGCAGAAGUUCAGCCAAGCCCAAGCAGCCCUCUCUGCGUGGGGCCAGCGUAGCGACGCGGCCACGGCUCGACUCGGGGCUUGUAGACAACUGCUGCGGCUUCGGAGGGACGACCUGCGGCGCCUGUGGACUGACGCGAGGGCGUCCGCGCAUGCGCUGGAGAUGCUCACUGAUAUUGAACUAGUAGCUAGCUCAGAGCACUCGUUCUCGUCGGCCGCCAGCAGCGGGCUGGUGCUGUCGGCGGCGCACACACUGCGCGGCGCGCUGGCGGCGGCCGCUUCGCUGCACGCGCCCGCGCUCCACGCCGCCGAGCUGCGGCUGCAGGUCAGUGCCCGCCAUGCCCACACACAUAGCCGAGACAGGUUUAUUAUACACUCAGGGGCAAAGAAACAGUUCCACUGCUACAUCCCGCACAGCUCGCUGGCAGCUCGCUCAGGGCACUCGUUCUCGUCCGCCGCCAGCAGCGGGCUGGUGCUGUCGGCGGCGCACACACUGCGCGGCGCGCUGGCGGCGGCCGCCUCGCUGCACGCCGCCGAGCUGCGGCUGCAGUGUAUCAGUAGGAUACAUCCGCACAGCUCGCUGGCAGCUAGCUCAGAGCACUCGUUCUCGUGCGCCGCCAGCAGCGGGCUGGUGCUGUCGGCGGCGCACACACUGCGCGGCGCGCUGGCGGCGGCCGCCUCGCUGCACGCGCCCGCGCUCCACGCCGCCGAGCUGCGGCUGCAGGGUACAUCCCCCAGCUCGCUGGCAGCUCGCUCAGAGCGCGGGGUCCCCUGCGGCGCCAGCAGCGGGCUGGUGCUGUCGGCGGCGCACACACUGCGCGGCGCGCUGGCGGCGGCCGCCUCGCUGCACGCGCCCGCGCUUCACGCCGCCGAGCUGCGGCUGCAGAAGGCGCCAUUAAGUUACUCGCUGGCAGCUCGCUCAGAGCGCGGGGUCCCCUGCGGCGCCAGCAGCGGGCUGGUGCUGUCGGCGGCGCACACACUGCGCGGCGCGCUGGCGGCGGCCGCCUCGCUGCACGCGCCCGCGCUCCACGCCGCCGAGCUGCGGCUGCAGAAAUGUCAAUUCCCCGUGAGCGUAUUAAUAGGGUUUGUGAAUGGAACUUUAUCAUUGCUCGUGAGUGUACUAGUAGGAUACAUCCCGCACAGCUCGCUGGCAGCUCGCUCAGAGCACUCGUUCUCCUCUGCCGCCAGCAGCGGGCUGGUGCUGUCGGCGGCGCACACACUGCGCGGCGCGCUGGCGGCGGCCGCCUCGCUGCACGCGCCCGCGCUCCACGCCGCCGAGCUGCGGCUGCAGAUGAAGAAGCAAGAGCUGGUGGACACGAUAGUUUCCGGUCUGAACGCGGCCGUGUACCGCGGGCAGCCGGCGCUCAGCCGCCGCCCGUCCGCCCGGCGCCGCGCCGCGCUGCUCAUAGCUGAGCUUACAAAACCGGAGGAAGUGACAGACGCCUACCUACAAGACAUAACUCCCGAGUUCGAAGCGUCUCUUACUGAAGAGGACAAGACGUUUGAGACUACCGUCAUGAUAUCACUUGAGGCAUUGGGGGUUUUGGACUCGCUGAAGGAAGCUUCUGAGAAAUUCAAAGUGCAAAUCCAGGGCCAACUCCUAGAAGUAAUAGACACGGUGUCCCGUCGCAUCAUAGCCGAAAGGGACACCGACAUAGAAGGCGACGAGUGCGAGCGAGACGGCGAUAUACAGAUCAACGAUAGUGCGACAGAGAGCGAUAGACCGCUGACCCGGCUAGUGCAGUGUCUGAGUGACGAGUUCCGAGCUAAUGCUCUUAGGAAUAACAGAUUGCUCCAACUAUGGCGUGCGGCGUUGCAACGUCACAAGAUGUCGGACUCGUGUCUCCACACCGAGCAACACUACUGGAGCGCCGUGCAACAAGUCAUGCAACUACUCCUAACCGAGUACCUGGACAUAUCCUGGCUCGCCGUCAAAGGGCGUAGCGCGGCGCCGCCCCCCGACCUAAGGCUUCCUGACUACUUCGCCAAGAAACGGGUGCCGAGGAAGCCGGCACGACUGUUCACUUUACCUCCGGUAACAUCGACCACGCAGCCAUCAGCCCGCCGCCUGGCCCGCGCGCCACUAGUGGCGUCCCCGGGCGCAGCGCGCCUGCCGGCCGUCCUGCCGCCGCUGCACGAGCUGGCCUCGCUCGCGGCGCGCCCUGGCACCGAAUGCUCGCUCAAAGAGUUUAUAACGAACUACGUGCGUGAGUGUGAGACGGAACGUUUAUCUACGGAGGGACGGACCGCCAUAGACAACGCUAUGAAAGAGGCUAGUGCUUGGCGCGAGAGGGCGCCACCGCCGGGCGGACGGGAACACCGUCUAAUAUUCACCUGCUGCAUUUCCUCGUGGGAGGCAAUAGCGUCCGUAGCGAAGUCGGCGAAACGGUGCGGAAGCUUCGGCGGCUCUGAAGCAGCAAGGGCGAUAUUACCUUGCGCCGCCGCCCUAUGUGCCCAUGCUAGGGCCGCGCAUUCUAGAAUGGUGCCGGUCACUUCGCGAGCUGCUAGAUGGUUAUCGGACGACGACAUAGUCCGCUUCCUGCAGUCGCUGCCCAACUGGCGCGUCGCCACCGCCGCCGAGCCCGUCGCAGAGGACAAGGCUCUCGAGGAGGAACUUCACCAAGCCUACUCUCGCGAGGCGGAGAUCCUGGGUUCGAGUCUGCGCGACGGCGCCGUGACCCGCGCGGAGAUCAUAGCCGAGGUCGCCGCGCUGGCCGACAUGGCGCUGCUGUGCGAGAGUAUGGCAUGGAUAAGCACCAACGUGAAGUCGCUCCCAUCCCUCAUGAGCGGCAUCAAGCUGGGCGACAAGCUACAGGCUGACCUCGCCGCCGCCGCCGCCGUCUUCGACGAGAUUCAACACAAGUGUCUGUUGUUGCUGCAUUUGGAGAUGCGCAUCCAGUGCUUCCACUACCUGGGCGGGCCGGGCGGCGGCGCGGCCCCGCUGGCGGCGGCGCUCACCUCCUUCCACGAGCACGCCUCGCCCGUGCUGUCACUAGCCAGCAGACAGUACAUAAUGAACGGCAUCGGCGAGAUGAUGUCAGCCGGCAUCGUCUGGUGCUGCGUCGAAGAACGAGACGCGAACACCCGCCUACCCACCCUGAGGCACUGCCUCGCCGCCCUCAGCCUACCCCACCGGGGCCUGACCAGCGCGACGCGGUAUAUACAGCUGCUGGCUGACCCUCCCGAGGAAAUCAUCAAAUCAGUCCGAGAGAAGGGCGCCCAAUUCUCCGAGCUGGAAUACCUGAACGCCUUCAAGAUAAUCGGGGCCAAGCGAGGCCUGUCCCAAGCGGACAUGAAGGGGUAUUUGAAGCAACUGUCCUCGGCUUUGGGACAUAUUGGGGUAACUGUUUAAUGUAUUUUUAAUAUGUUGGUAGAUUUGGUUGG